UUGCCAGCCCUGGUACUGCAGCCCACAAGGCAGGUGAGUCCCACCAUUACUGGCAAGUCUGGUAACUGGCGGGAUAUCAAAGACUGGCACAUCGGGCAGGACUCCGGGCAGAGGCACAUGGGGCUGGACUCCGGGCAGCGGCACAUGGGCUGGACUCCGGGCAGCGGCACAUCGGGCUGGACUCCGGGCAGAGGCACAUCGGGCUGGACACCGGAUCACCAGGCGGAGCAGCGGGCACCGAAUCACCAGGCGGGGCACCGGGCCACUAGGCGGCGCAGCGGGCACCGUGCCCCGGGCGGAGCGCUGGGCCCCCGGAAGGGGCGGUGGGCACCGGGUCAUCAGGCACGACAGCGGGCAUCGGGUCACCAGGCAUCAGGUCAUUUGGCU